GUAAUAGUGCUUAUUUCCGUUUUACUACGGCAACAUUAAUACUUCCAGUAUACAGUCAAUAGUUAAGUAGUGAUUUACAUAAAGGUAAAUGUUUUUCAGGUCAUCGUAUAUUUAAUAAAAUUUAUAUUUUUAGCUUCGAUGCGAAACUGAGAAGGCGUAAUUACAUAUUUAAGUGCAGAAUAACAAUACACGGAAGUAAAAUGAAAAAUGAAAUUCGAGAGAAGUUUGUUAUAAAACGUCGAACAUUAAGAUAUCUAAGUUUGUAUUGUAAUUUUAAUCCUUUCAAUCUGACCUCAAUUCGGAAUUUCAAGUUUUAACAAAUGUGUUAUGCUCUAUUAUUAUUAGUGGAAAUUAUUGAAAUAAAUUUUUAUGUGUUUAUUGGUUAUUACUAUGUGAUGAACGAUUUUUUUUCAGUUGUCCAAAUAUUUUUAAAUGUAAUGUGCUCUAUUUUAAUAUUUGUCAAUGCUUAUAGACUUUCUACAAAACAUGAUGAAUUAACAAAAUUAUUUGACGCAACGAGUAGCGAUUUUUUAUCUACUAAUUAUAAAGAAAAAUGUAUAUUUGAACACAACGAAUCUAUAUGUAUUAAGAUAAUAAACAUAUACUCUUUUAUAUAUUUUUCGGGGUGGUUAGUUUGGAUCCUCAAUCCAUUGUUUAUAAAAGAAUUUACUUUAAAAAGAAGAGACGGCAGUCUGGUAAUUUAUCAAAACAACGUCCUAAAUUCAAUUCUUAGUUUCAUACCUAUUUCGAUUUAUGAGCGAAUUUACUCAAUUGCAUAUCUCUUAGAAGCUAUUGAAAUAUUACAUAUUAUGUUUGCUUUAAUUGUUUACAAUACAAUAAUUGUACAAUUUUGUUGGAUGUUAUCUGCUCAAUUGAAAAUCAUUAUCUUUAAAUGUGAAUCAUUUGGAUGCAAAAAUUUUGAAUUAGGACAGAGAAACAACCCCAAUUACAUUAAUACAUGAUUAAUUUGAAACAAUUGCUAUCAGAUCAUACAAAGUUAAAUGUUUCAAUUAAGAAAUUUCAUGACAUAAUGAAGCCGAUGACAAUGUUUAGCUUUGGGUUCUUUUUCAAUGCUUUUAUCGCUCUAAUAUAUAUGUGUAUUUUGAUUUACUUUGAAAAUGAUCAUGUUUUGUCAGUUAAUUCAUUGAAAUUAAUAAGUUCAACAUUAAUUCUCUCAAUCAAUUUAUUUAUUAUGUGCUAUUUUUAUAGUUAUCUUGAAAAUCAAAUCAAUGAAGUACAGUUUGCUUUGUAUAAUAUUGAUUGGACCGAGAAAAGUAUACAAUUUCAAAAAAUGCUCUUAUUGGUCAUGAGCUUAAAUAACACAAACAAAUUAAAAAUGGAUAUUACUCCACAAAAAUUAUUGAAUCUAGAAGUAUUUGCCUCGGCGAUGCGUGUAUCAUAUUCAAUAAUUUCAAUUUUAACAAAAAAAACACAUUCGAAAUGAGUUGAUUGAAAAAAAAAAUGUAUUUUGAAGCUUUUGGGUGUUUUAUUGUGUAUUAAGUUUAUUUUAUGUUGAAGAAUUUUACAUAUUUAAAUUAAGCCAAAACUUGAUUAGUUAAA